CCAACGCGCGAUCCUUAUGUUUCUUUUUUUGCAGGGGGCGGCCAUGGGGAGGGGAGGCGAAUCGGAGAGGCGACACUGUGCUCCGGCGCCGGAUCAAGCUGCGGGGGAGGCGGGAGCCACGCGAGGAGACGAAGGAGGAGAAAAUGAAGAGGCAUGGAGGAGAGGCGGGAGAGCGGGAAGGGCUGGGGCGUCGCCCACGACGCCGAGCUUGACGGCGGCCUUGCGAUGGCGCAGUCGGCGAGGACCUGUCGGAUCUGGACGGAUCUGGUGGGAAAUUGCACGCAAGCGGCGGAUCUGGAAGGAAGACGGCCGGAGCUUCGAGCACAAUGGCUGGUGGACGCGCCAUGGCCCACGCCGGCGAGAGAAGAGAGAGAUGAGUGGGAGAGAAAAGAGAGGACGGGAAGGAGAUGAGAGGCCAGAGGGAGAGAGAAGGGAGUGGUGGUCACUUCAACGGGCUGCAGCGCGGCGCCGCCCCGGCCGCUGAGGCCGCCCGACCACCCCAUCGCCGAGUCGCCACCCCCACUGACUGCCCCGUGCUCGCCCUUAGACCAAGUCGAGCCAGCGAUCGUUGCCCACAUCACCCAACCUCGCUCCCCUUCUCCACCCCAGCAAGCACGCACGCUUGGAGGCGCCCAGGAGCUCGCCGGCAACACUCAGCAGACAUAGGAGAGCUGCAUGCAUGAUGCGUUUGAAUGUGCGGACGCGAGGCAGUGGAGGGCUCAGCAAGUUAACAAAUUAUAUUGCCUUGUACUACAUUUUAACAAAUUGGCUCCUACGAAGACUAAUGGAAGGAUCAUCAGACCAACGUAGUCAAAUUGGCUGCUUCAAAUUUUUGGUCUUGGAGUUGAUCAGCAGCACGCAGACAUGCAUCAGGAAGCCGACGGACAGCCAGAGCAGGAAGGCGUGGAUCUUGAGCUGCAGCGACAACAACAACUUGGGCGUUGCCUGCAAAAAAACAAUAAUUCAAGUGCUCAAUCAAGUAAACUGUAGAUUAGCAAGAACGAGUGUUGAGCAUGUCAAUCUAUGUGUGGGCAUGAGUGAAAAUGUAAAUCAUGUUAGAGACGAGUUUCUGGAAAAAGUCCUGGAGACGCGCUGCUGCUGCUGCUGCUCUUGAUAGCCAAAGUGGAGGCUGCAGUUCUAAGACUUCAAGGAGGAAAGGAAUACAUGGUUGCUUCUUGGAAAGGUGAGUUGUUUCCCUGCAGAAAAAUAAAUCUCUUAGAGUUGUUUAACUGAACCUGUUCCACUGUCAUUGUUGUGUUCAGAUAAAUAUUGUUAUUGGUCACUCAAUGCCUAAGCUGUUGUGGAUUAA